AAUGAGAGAGAGAAUGUGUGUGUGUGUGAUUUGAUUUCAGUGGAUCAUGGAGCUUCGCUCAGACCGCGGUGUGUCGGACUCUCCUGCCCGCUCAGACGCGCCUCUCGCUCGGUCACUUCAGCUCCGGAGCGCCGCUGAUCGGAACUAACGCUGGAGGACCGGAUCGGUACCGAUGGCUGAUCCUCUGCGGAGGACAAUUCUAGCCAAACUCAGGGGCAAGAAACCCAAAGGGAAAGACGCGAACCGGGCGAGAGAAGGUAAAGAAAAAGUUUCUCAAACGCAGUCAGACAGAGAUUAUUAUUUAUCACGUGAGAUGAGAACCGGACCGGGGUCGCGAGAACCGGACUCGCACCGGACCAGGGGCCCAGCUCCCGGGGUCUCGGAUCCAGCCGAACCGAAGCGCUUUCACACGAUCGGAGACUCGAUAGGCUUCGGCAGUUGCGAUACAAAACCCCAAACAGAGGCAUUAAAACCAACAGAUGGUCACGAUCAAACGCGUAAACAAACACAUGUUACAUUACGCGAGGAAAAGUCCGGGGAAAUCAGUACCACGGGCGACCCAAAAACCAGCGAUGUGUUUGAUUAUAUAGAGGGAAAUAUCCAGGAAAGCGAUUUAAUCCAGGUUUUAGAGAGUGCGUUGGAAUAUCGCGGAGAUUUUAGGAUUCAAAGCCCGACUUUUUUCCCCACCGAGCUGGAAAUAGCCGUGGCCCCCGGGGCCCCUCGACACCACUCGGUCGACAGCGAGGACGACGAUUAUUAUGAUAACCAAAUUCUGCCCUUUUACGAACCAUACGUUCAAAAUCACGCGAACGAGCGAGACGUAGUUGAGAAAAUAUCGAACCAAACCGCGCUGGAGACGAACAGACUGAAGUCGCAGUUAAAAGAAGCGUAUUAUCUGCUCCUAAACAUCAGCUUCGAUGGUCCGGUUGAAGAUAAUGGGUUCGUGGAGGAGGACAGCAGUUCGAGUAGCGUUAGCUCGGGUUUAUCUAGCGGCCGCUUCUUUACGGUUCUCGGUUUAACGGAGAGCAGAAGUUUGGAGAAUAUCCUGAAAACCGGGAGUGAACCGGUUCUCCAGCGCUCGGUGAGCGAUAGCCGGGUCACGUACUCGUUACUAAGCGCGGAUCCUCCGGUUGAAUCGGUUCACGAACUGGUUUCCGCGAACCCUACGGGAGUCCUCACGACAACACCGGGUGCGCGCCGGUCCCGCGACGGUCCCGCGCACAAACACCCGGGAGUGACCGUGAACAAGAUGCAGGAGUGGAUGCAGAAAGGGCGCGUGCUCUCGACCGAGAUGAAGCACCGGAUCGCGGGAUCCUCCGUGAGGCCGAAAGCAGCACCGAUGGAGUGUGUCGCCGGGUCGUCAGGUGUGUAUCCGCGAGACCUUUUCGCACCGUUCAACCACAUCACCGUCUCCAAAAAGCGCAACUGGCUCCAGCAGAGCGUUCUCAGGCCCCGGCUAGCCGACGACAACGACGCCGACGACGAGGGCGAGAUUUGGUACAACCCCAUUCCUGAGGACGAGGAGCCCCACUGCGUUCCCGCCAUCACGGUGUCUCACACGGGUCCUGUGGUCGACGGCGACGGAGCCGGCGAAAGACCGACACUCGCGUGCAAAACGCAGGAGGAGAACCUCACCGUCAGAGCGACAGAUCCUUCAGAGCAAUCCACUGGUGGACUUUCUCCUUCUUCUAGCCCAAACCCAGCUAAAAGGAGCACAGCUAUCAACUGGUCUUUUCCCGAUAAAAUCAAGUCACCACGGACUGUCCGGAAACUUUCUAUGAAGAUGAAGAAACUGCCUGAUCUUAGUCGGAAGCUUAGCGUUAAAGGGAACCCUAGCAAUGUGUCCAUCAGCAACAGCCAAUCAGAACCAAGGGCUCACUCACCUAGAGCCAAUGGGAUUGCAGAACUGGGCCAGUCCCGGCCCAGACUGUCUCCGUCGGGUGUUACGACUGCAUUGGCGAGUGGUAAUGUGAUUUGGCGGUACCAUCUUGACAGCAGUGUUUCUACUCAGCACAACUUUGAUAAAAGAAGGAGCAACUGUGGCGGCAUUCCCAAAUCGGCAAGUAAGGGAGGUUAUCUAAGUGACGGAGACUCGCCUGAACUUGUGGCCAAGUCGGGAAAACACGGGAACUCUGAAAGAAAAAACUGUAAAGCCCGAGAUCCCAAUGGGAAUGGCGGAAGUCCGAAGCUCCCCGGCACAGAGUUGGAUAUCGAUGCCUUCCGAUCGUACAGUUUCUCCGAGCAGCCGAAGUGCCUAACGUUCAUCUCGGGACUAAUGAGUUUGCACUUCUAUGGGGCAGAGGACUUGAAGCCACCGCGGGUCGAUUCCCGCAAUGUUUACUGUGCCAUUCAGGUGGACUCUGUCAAUAAAGCUCGUACGGCUUUGCUUACCUGUCGCACGGCCUUUCUAGACAUGGACCACACCUUUAACAUUGAGUUGGAGAACGCUCAGCACCUCAAACUUGUGGUCUUCAGUUGGGAAUCAACGCCACGACGGAACCGGGUGUGCUGCCAUGGAUCCGUGAUUCUCCCGGCGUUGUUUCGCGUGAGUAAGACACACCAGCUUGUGGUCCGUCUGGAACCGCGUGGGAUGAUCUACGUAAAGCUGAGUCUCAUGGAGCAGAGGCAGAACUCACUCGAUGGCCCGGAGGGGGGUCACGAAACGCAGGUUUUCGGCGUAGAGGCUCGGCGCGUGGUGGAACGGGAAGCUUCUGGAUUAAUGGUUCCACUGCUUAUCGAGAAAUGCAUCUCUGAGAUCGAGAGGAGGGGUUGUCAGGUGGUGGGUCUGUAUCGUCUCUGUGGUUCGGCUGCGGUGAAGAAGGAGCUUCGGGAAGCGUUCGAGAGGGACAGUCACAGCGUCGAGCUCUCGGAAAACAACUACCCGGAUAUCAACGUCAUCACAGGCGUGCUGAAGGAUUUCCUGCGAGAGCUCCCUCGUCCUCUGAUCACUCAGCCGCUGUACGAGUCGGUUCUGGAGUCGAUGUCGAAGCGGCCGCUGCUGAUGGGAACCGGCGUGUGUGAGAACGACCCGCUCGACACGGAUCACGCCGUCAGCCUGAUGGAGAUCCUGCCCGACGUCGAGAAGGCGACCCUGCGUAAGCUCCUGGAUCACCUGAAGCGCGUGGCGUCUCAUCACGAGGUGAAUAAGAUGACCUGCCAGAACCUGGCGGUGUGUUUCGGGCCGGUUCUGCUCAGCCAGCGGCAGGAGGCGUCGUGUCACGGGAACCGGGUCUUCAUCGACUCCGAGGAGCUGGCCAGCGCUCUGCACUUCAAGAAGCACAUCGAGGUGCUGCACUAUCUGCUCCAGCUCUGGCCCGUUGUGGACGCACAGGGUAAAUCUUCAUCUCCGGUUCCUGCCCUGAUGGAGUCGCUCCCAGUGGUGACGGCUGCCGUAAGGAGGAGAAAAGAGCGUCCACAGGUGUUGAAUUUAACUGAGGCGGACAUGGCUGGAGUUUUGCGACCCAGACCUGGACGUCUGGACAGUCCCAGUAACCGCUACGCCGGGGACUGGAGCCGAUGCCGGGAAACUUACCUCCAACCGAGCUGCCUGGAGGAGGCCGACUAUGACGACGUUCCCAGCGAAGAGCCUCUGAACGUGGGACAGGAGGAUUUACCGAAGGGUACUGAAGAUGUGGUCCCUGAACAAGAGUUUCCCGAGGUGGAUGAGGCAAUGGAGAGGGUUGAGGAAAUGCAGAUAGAGGAGGAAUUGAGUGAGGAAGAGGAUACACGAGAGUUGGAUAGGCUACAAGUAGAGGAACCUCUACCUAUCAGCCCCUGCGAUCAGAUCCUCCCCGAUUACGAGGAGCACAGACCCAAAGAGCACACCUACCAGGCCUACAUGAAGAUCCAGGAGAUCAGCCCAGUACUAAGCAACAGGGUCAACCUACGGGACUUGCAGGAGAGCAUCGACACGCUCAUUGGCAACCUGGAGAGGGAGCUCAACAAGAACAAGCUCAACGUAGGUUAUUGACUCUUUACCAGAACAGUGGAAAUAUGGUGGUGAUUUCCUACAGACUUAAGCGGUAUGGUACGUUCUCGCUCCCAUGCACACUUGGGAUGCAUGUACAAGAAGACAUUCCUCACUUCUGAUUUGUGUUUUUGUUUGUCUCCUGGUCUCCAUGUUGUUGAUCGCGUUAUUGUUUUUCUUCUUAUGAGAAGAACUCAUUGAACCCCGAGGGGUGCGCCAGGUGCCUUCAUUGUGUCAAGGUGGUGCUUACGACAGCGAGAGCUUUUUACUUUCUAAAGAGGUACAAAACAUUACGAUGAAAACCAAUGCACUUAUGGGGCCUGCUGUUAGAGGCACGGCUAGUUCAGGUACAGGUGUAAAGCCUUACGGUGGGAGAACUAGGUACUACAGAUACAUCCCAGAUCCUAAACCAGGGGAA